ACUCGUCAAAGCGCAAUAACGGUGUCACGUGACGACAGGCGAACGAUAAGUGCGAGACUGCAGUAUAUGGCCGUAUAAUUCACAGCGGGAAAACAUGUGUUUUAGAAUACCGGGACCGGUUUUGUUAUUUAUUCUUCAUAUCAUUUAUAAUCCAGUUUUUUUACAAGACUUUGGUGGCGGAGGAAACCAACUUCAAAACGGAAGAUUCGGCGGAAAUGCUGGAUUUGGCGGAAAUGCAGGACUUGGUGGAAAUGCUGGAUUUGGCGGAAAUGCAAGACUUGGUGGUAAUGCGGGAUUCGGCGGAAAUGGGGGGUUAGGCGGAAAUGGCGGCGAUGGAAUACCAGUUGGAACUACUUUUCCGGAUGUAGGGAACGAUAAUACGUUUUUUGUUGACACGCCACCACAACUUCCAGGAGGAGGAGGACCCCAGGGUACACCUGGAUUUUGCUACCUUCCACGUUUAACCGGAAAUUGCCGGGGCAGGUUCCUAAGUUACUACUAUGAUGGUGUCACCAGGCAGUGCCGAGUGUUCUUUUACUCUGGUUGCCAAGGAAACGAAAACAGGUUCCAAAACAGACAGGAGUGCCAACGAGUCUGUGGAAAUGGUGGCGCAGGUGAGGAUGUCUGUACUCUCCCUGCGGUCACUGGACCGUGUCGUGCCAACAGACGUCGCUUUUACUACAAUUCUGUUUCCGGUCAGUGCGAGCUCUUCCGGUAUGGUGGUUGUCAAGGAAACAGAAACAACUUCCCCUCUCUACAAGCCUGUCAGCAGAGGUGUGGAGGAGAUGGCGGUAUUUUUCCACCAGGAAGUCCUUGCUCUUUACCGCAUGCGCAGUCCGGUAAUUGCCAAGCCUUCUUCCCGUCGUGGACCUAUAACUCAGUCACCCAGCGUUGCCAGGAGUUUGUGUACGGCGGAUGUGGAGGAAACCGGAACCGGUUUAACUCACUAAUGGACUGCCGCCGGAUAUGUGUAAACGGGGGAGGCGGAGGAGAUAUCACGCCAGCUGUGUGCCGAUUACCCAGUGCUUCCGGUCCCUGCCGGGCCUUUUUCCCGCGCUGGAGCUACAGCAUGACAAGUGGGCAAUGUGAAAGGUUCGUUUAUGGCGGUUGCGCCGGAAACGGAAACAACUUCCAAACACGUCAACAGUGUGAGGACACGUGCUCAAACGCUGGAGGAGGAAACGGAAACCAGAUUUGUAUCCUUCCCGAGGAUUCUGGGCCUUGCAUGGCGGCUAUUCCAAGGUGGCAUUAUAAUGCCCGCUUUAGAAGAUGCGAACGAUUUCUGUACGGUGGCUGCCAAGGAAAUGAAAACAAUUUUGAAUCUUGGGGACAGUGCCAACGUUCUUGUGGACGAAGAGUUGGAUAAAUCUAGAUGGCUGGCCACGUGUGAUUUUCGAACACGUGAAUUGCAAAAUCGGAAACAAGGUGUUUUGUAGAUGUUUAUAUAUUUGAGAUAGAUUGCAAGCAUACUUAUCUAUGUUGUUUCCUCAAGGGAAAUGAUCGAAUCAACAAUAUAUUAAUGUUACAUAUCAAAUUGAUAUCUUUUAGCAAUCAGAGUUUUAGGUAACGCAAUCUAUAAAAUUGUUGUAUUUUCACAUCGUGUUAAAUAUUUGUGGUCAAAAUUGUGUGUAGUUAUAAAAACAUAAAAUACAUAAAAUAUUUAUAUAA